GUUUCUUUCUUCCUUAUCCUUGUAAAGCAUCUAGCAGUGGUGAAUAUGAAACUUCAGGAUCCACAGCUGCUAGUGCUUCUGGCCUUUCAGCAAUUAUGGCAGCAAAAUCGAUGGAAUUCUCUUAUCAAAAACUAGCCAAGGCUACAAAUAACUUCAGCUCUGAUAACAAAAUUGGUCAGGGUGGAUUCGGAGCUGUCUAUUUUGCAGAAUUGAGAGGCCAAAAAGCAGCAAUUAAGAAUAUGGAUGUUCAAGCAUCAACAGAGUUUCUUUCAGAGUUGAAGGUCUUAACACAUGUUCAUCACUUGAAUCUGAUAUUGCGUCGAGGGAUAUCUUUCCUUGUGUAUGAAUACAUUGAAAAUGGAAACUUAAGCCAAUAUUUGCAUGGUACAGGGAGAGAACCUUUGGCAUGGUCAACAAGGGUGCAAAUUGCUCUGGAUUCAGCAAGAGGACUUGAAUAUAUACAUAAACACACUGUUCCUAUUUAUAUCCACCGUGAUGUGAAACCUGCUAACAUAUUAAUAUAUAAAGACUUCCAUGGAAAGGUUAGUUUAUUGUAAUAUUUUUGGCAAUAAUCAUUAUUUUGCAAUUUUCGUUUAUUGUAAUAUUACCUAAAGAUUGCAUAUGGCCCAAAAUUGAGUAAGCAUUGGGAAACUAUAGCUGUGGGCUAUAUUAUUGUGUGAAGUGAUUAUUGAUUAUACCUCUUUUAAUUUAGAUAUGCUUUUUGUAACUUCUACUUUCUUUUCUGUCAAGUUGUUGAUUUAAGAUUCUUCUAAGUGAAAGCUGCUAUUCGGCAAGGUAGGAGAAGUAUGCCGAUUAAUGGAUAUGAGGCAAGGGAUGUCAUGGCUCUUUUGCAAUGUGCUAAGACAUUGCAAGGUGAUCUAAAAGUGGCCAUAAAGGAAGACAAGGACUGAUAUAGUCGUUUCAUGCCUCUUACAGAAGUGAGUCCAGCUCUUAAACAAUCAUGACAGUAAGUCAGAGUACUAGAGGGAAAGGGAACAGCAUUGGUGGUCCUUGUCGGACUUGUCGUUGGUUACCACCACUAGUUCCUCAAAGCUUGGAAGAGAGAGUUUCAUAGAUCUUAACUUCCCUGCCCUAGCCGAAGAAGAUGAUGCAAGCCAAUUUGAGGAUUCCGCGAUUUCGGAUGCAGAGUUUGUGAAUCCAACGAAGGUUUUUCUUAGAUGAAAGUGUUUUUUUCACGAUGAUUAUAAUGAUUAUCUUGGUUGUUAUUGAUCCAAAAAAGUACUAAAAAGUUUUGGUUCAAUAUUUUUCU